AUGCCACUCCAUCUGCUUGGGAAAAAAUCUUGGAAUGUCUACAACCAGGAUAAUAUCGAGCGCGUCAAGCGGGACGAGGCGCAGGCGAAAGCCCUCGAAGAAGAAGAGGAACGUCGCAUGCAAGAGAUAGACGCCGAACGCAGGAUCCAGUUAUUACGAGGAGAGCGACCGGCAAAUACACCUCCGCCGCCGCCCCAAGUUUUGGAUCGAACCGACCGAAAUCGGACAUCUGAUGCUGGGAGGGACCGUAAAAAGCGGCGUAUACACGGAGAGGACGAUACAGAUAGAGACAUAAGACUUGCUCGAGAAGAUGCGGCACACUAUAUUUCUAUGCGUGAAGAAUCAACUAUCUUAUCUCAUCGGGGCGAUAAAGAUUAUCAAGCACCAUUGGUCGACAGUGCAGGUCAUAUCAAUCUCUUCCCGGCCCAAGGAGCACCAAAGAAGGCAGAGAAGAAUGCUGAAGCUGAGGCUGAUGCGGAGAAAAAGCGAAAAAGCCAUGAAGAUCAAUACACCAUGCGCUUUUCUAACGCAGCAGGCUUCAAACAGAUCGCUGGCAGCCAGCCAUGGUAUUCAUCUGGGUCUCGGACUGCAGAAGCACCAGAGUCUAUGCCAGAAAAGAACGUAUGGGGAAAUGAUGACCCAAUGCGCAAAGAAAGAGUGAAGUUUCGCAUGGAUGCCAGCGAUCCGCUUGCACUCAUAAAAAGAGGUGUCAGACAGUUGAAAGCAACAGAACAGCAGCGUAAACUACGGAACGAGCAAGAGCAUCAAAAUCAGCUUGAAGUAUCGAAGACUCAGGAGCGUGAUCGUUCUAAGCAUAAACGAAGAAGGCGUUCAAGGUCGAUUGAUAGCUUAGAGGGCUUCAAUCUCGAUACGCCGGACCGCGAUGACAAAAACAACAGUAGUCGUCACCAUAGUCGUCACCAUAGUCGCCGCCAUAGUCGCCAUCAUCGGGACCGGAGUAGCGAUCUAAACCGCGAGCAAUCGGACCGGCGGCACUCAUCAGAUCAUCAUCGCUAUCGACAUCGUCGUCGAGACCAAAGUGGAGAUGGAACCCGCGAGGUUUCAGAUCGAUGCCAUUCCUCAGACCAUCGACAUCAUCGUGAAAUUCGCGACGAUGACAGGCGUUCUCGGAAACCAGAGCUGGGUACAGCUUACGACAAGGAUAAACGUUGA